CUUCGCGUGCCUUUCGCGGCCGUUGAAGGCACUAGUUGUAACCAGUUGUAACAGUAUCGCUGAACUUGUUUGUGUCUGCCGUGGAAAAAACUUGUAAAGCCAGUGUAGUGCUGCGAUGGAGGCCGACGAAGAUAAAGACAUCAUAGAGGUUAUGCGACGAAAGCCUGAGCAAGAAGCCGAUGACAUCGUUGUGUACGAAGUGCACGAUAGCGACUCCGAAUGCUCCGUUGUUGAUGGAUCUUCAAUGCUUAUCGCCGACUCCUCUGCAGUAGCGGAUGAUGUCUCUAUCCUGGAGAUUGUGGACUCAGAUGAAGAACCAGGGAAUGCACAGCUGUCAGGCAUUGUGACGUCCAUGAGACGAGUGAGUAUGCCCUCGUCGGUUUCUCCAGAUAUACCGGCAGCUCAAACAUCUCCCGGAAGGCGUGAUGUAAUGACCCUGGUUAGCUGGAAUGUUGAUGGACUGAACCAGAAAUACCUGCAUCAGCGAAUUAUGGCUGUUUGCAAUGAAAUAUUGAGGUUGGAUCCAGAUGUGGUUUUCUUGCAAGAGGUCAUACCUGAAAUAGAGCCUAGUAUCAGGCUCAGGUUCGCACGCUAUCUGUGCAUACCGAACGAAUCUCAAGGCUACUAUGUUAUGACGCUGUUGAAGGGGGAUACGGUGAAGUACGUCAGUCACGAUGUCACACAGUUCUCGUCCACCAAAAUGGAAAGACACAUCGUACGGACUGAGGCAACCUUCAACAACAAGGAUCUCGUCCUGCUGAACACUCACCUCGAGAGCAUGGCCUACUCCAGCGAUGUCAGACAAACGCAACUUCGUCGAUGCUUUCGCCAGUGCAGGAAAGAACCCCCCGUGAAGACAGUAAUCUUGGGAGGUGACAUGAAUUUGAGAGACCACGAAGUUGAUUCGAGCGGUGGUGUACCUGACGGCAUCCAGGAUGUGUGGACAGCGUGUGGUUCGGACCCAGGAUCGUGCUACACAUGGGACAUGACGUGCAAUGACAACUUAGACUUUGGUAAAAAGGUCACCGCCCGCCUUCGAUUUGACCGUAUUUACGUUCGACACUCUCAACCAACUCACUUAAAGCCUGUUUUUUUCAAACUCAUUGGACAGAGGAGACUGCAAAAUGAGCAGUGUUUCCCUAGUGACCACUGGGGCAUCGCCGUCCAGUUUAAGUGUUUGUGACCUCCUUGAAACUCUUUUCAUGUGUAAAUACCUGGUUCAGGACUGAUGAUGAGAGAAACGAUGCUUUACCUAUUACUCCCCCACACAAUUAGAAAGCGUCGUGCAGAAAAUUAGGAUGUAAAGGGGCGAUGGAAAUCUCUUUUCAAAAUGUGCGUAUUUCUUAUGAACAAUUACUGUGUUUCACAGAGCUUUUUUUUCUAUAUGGCUAUUAGACAGAGGCAUAAAGAAAGCAAUUCAGACAGCCUAUUCAAUAUGUACAGCAGUGAUAAUCACUAUAUUUAUAACCAUUGGUUGUGUAAAUUGAAGUCGUAUCUUAUGCUACAUCAGCACAAGCGGGCUGUCGACAGAAAUCCUUGUAUCAUAUUGUAAAUAUUGAACAUCAUCUUGAUGGUUUUAUACCUCGGGGAAGUAGACUAGUGGCUGCAAUUUCUGUCAAAUUCUACCACAUGUACCUGAGCUAGGUUUGUGGAUUCGGUGCAGUAGACAUGUCCAUAGAAAAGUAAAAUAUAUAUGCUAUAGUUGUAGGACAUGCCAGUAAUUUUUUUUACUGUCCCAAACAGUGAUGGUGUUUGUAAACGUUGUGGCAUAUGAAUGUACAGUUUCGAAUCUGUGCAAAAAUAAGGUAGAGUAUAACGAAAAAUCGGCCUGCAUUUAACAUGCAGUAGAAUUUAUGCAGUCAACGGCCUUAGGCUUCAAAUACGUAUUAUCAAAUUUUUUCUGGAUGUACCGUAGAUCGUACUUAAACCAUUUACAAAAGCAAAGAUGAAAUAUUUAGCUCAUAUUUUUGAAAUGUGAGAAGCACACAAACCACCAAGAACACAUGUAGUUGCUAAACACUGUGGUAGCCAGUCUUUGGGUACAAAGAACACAUGCACGAACAUGACCGUACGGGGGUGUUUUUUUACUGCGACAGUAGGCUCUGCUAAACGAAUUACCUUUGCUUUUGUUCUUUGUCUCUCGCCCCUGGUGCGACAGCAAAUAUUUUCUGUGAACUAUUGUACACACACACACAAAUUGCUAUUCUUUAUAUGUUUAAACCCUUUUGUUGUGUGGUUUUACUGUUUUUAUUUUGUAGCGCAGCACUCGAAGGCCAGAGUGCUUGCAAGAUGAGACGUGCUCUGUACUUAAGGUUUCACAAUACUUGUCACCUACUGUGUUUCUUAAUGGUCAUUGUUUCUUGCUACUUUUUUUAUUGUCAUUUGAUAUUGAUUUUAUAGUGCAAUGGCGACGAGAAGAUUGCCAUGAAAUAAUAACCGAGAAAAAGUCGGAUGGAUUCUUUCUUGUUUGUGCUGUAUAACAGAGCUGUAGUCACGAUCUUUGCAUUGAUAUACAUUGCCACUCAUAACGAGCACAACUCAAGUAGUAAUGACGUACUAUGGAGACAGUGCUGCUGCGAGAGGAAAAAACAUUGUGCAGUGCUUUUGAGUGCUCUGUGUGGAUUAUCGGCAGUCAAAGGGCAGUUUAUGUUGGAACGGGGACAUAAAGAGUGCAUAUGCAGAAUGGUUCUCUGGGGGCUUGUAUGUUGAUAAGGGGUAUGUCAUACAGGGAGGCAGCGUUAUAUUAUACUCUAGAGGGCUCGCUGAGAAAUGGAAAUUGACAAUCAGCUGUUUAUGGUAUAAAAUAUUGUAUUUAUUUGAAUAUAGGAUGACCUUUUCUUUCCGAAAACGUUCAUAACUAAUUAUCGACCUAUAUUUGUGACCAAGAAAUCUCGACCUAUAUUCACGAUCAAA